CAGUUCUCUGACUGAGACGCAUCACCUGUACUGAGAUAUAUUAAACAUAGCUAAAAGGAUUACAUCGCUUACAAUGGACUUUGACAAGACAGGCAACUUACGGUUUCUGAUCUCCUGCAUCCUCUUUAUAAUGUUACCUCAGUGGACCCCAGUAACAGGCUGGUCCUACCAUCACUCUAACGGCACCAUGGACUGGAAUACUGCUCGUCAGUGGUGUAGGGACCGCUUCACGGACAUGGUGGCCAUCCAGAACCACGGUGAAAUCAACCACCUCAACAGCAUCCUUCCCCGAGUGAGCGGAUACUACUGGAUCAGCAUUCGCAAGAUCAACAACAGCUGGACCUGGGUGGGCACUAACAAGACAGCAAAUUUUGAGAACUGGGCGGAGAAUGAGCCUAAUAACAACAUGAAAGAUGAGGACUGUGUGGAGAUCUACAUAAAGAGGGGAAAGGAUGACGGCAAAUGGAACGAUGAGUCCUGCACAAAGCAGAAGACUGCACUUUGCUACACUGCAUCCUGCAAGAAAGACUCCUGCAGCUACCACGGAGAAUGUGUGGAGACAAUCAACAACCACACGUGUGAAUGCUUUGAGGGCUUCCAUGGAAAAGAGUGCGAGCACGUUGUAAAAUGCAAAGCGGAGGAAAUAUCUGCUCCUGACCAUGGCAGCGUCCACUGCGUUCCCCCUAAUGGUAAUUUCUCGUAUGAGUCUCGGUGCGAGUACUCCUGCGAUGAGGGCUACCAGGCUGUCGGCCCACAAACAACACGGUGUGCAGCCUCAGCAGCUUGGUCAACCAAACCACCAACCUGUGAACUCAUAUCAUGCCCUCAAAUGAAUAGACCAUUCAUAAAAAGAAGCUCAGACAACAGCACAGUCAACUCAACCUGUUACUUCAGCUGUGAUGCAGGCUAUGGGCUUCAAGAGGUAGCAAGCACCAAUUGUACAAACACAGGAGAAUGGAACACAGCCAUCCCAAACUGCACAGCAUCCUGCAAGAAAGACUCCUGCAGCUACCAUGGAGAAUGUGUGGAGACCAUCAACAACCACACGUGUGAAUGCUUUCAGGGCUUCUAUGGAAAAGAGUGCGAGCACGUUGUAAAAUGCAAAGCGGAGGAAAUAUCUGCUCCUGACCAUGGCAGCGUCCACUGCGUCCCCCCUAAUGGUAAUUUCUCGUAUGAGUCUCGGUGCGAGUACUCCUGCGAUGAGGGCUACCAGGCUGUCGGCCCACAAACAACACGGUGUGAAGCCUCAGCAGCUUGGUCAACCAAACCACCAACCUGUGAAC